CUGCGCUCACCCUUGGAAGCUAACCAUGGGCCCCCCAAGGGCCAUGUUGCCGGGACUCGAUGCUGUCUGUGGGCCAUGGGGAUAAAAGACUCUGGGGAAAUGCCUGAUUUCCCCCAAGAAAGAGCUUCAGCCCGUCCCAGGCCUGGGGUUGCUCGCAAGAAGGAGCUGGAGCCACGUACCAGGGUGUCAUGGAGGGGAGCAGUUGGGCAGCCUGGCUGGGUUCAGAAUGUCUUGGGUGUGCAACAUAGUAUCACGGAAAGGGUCCAGUCCUUGCUUAGCUUCAGUGUUUUUUAUCUCUGUAACUGGGAAAUGAAGUCUGCCCCCUGCCAGGGCCAUGUGGGGCGCGAGGUGAUCCCCCCGGCACGUCUGUGUUUCAGACUGAGCUGAGGCUUCCUUCCGGAGAAGAUGGCGGCCCUGCACACGAGGCCAGGUGCCCCAGCCACCCGGCUGGACGGGGCAGAGGAUGGGUCGGAAUGCAGUCCUGAUCGGGAGGAGGAGGAAGAAAAGGAGGAAGAGGUGGAGGAGACGGAAGAGGAGGAGGAGGAGGAGAUGGUAGUGGAGGAAGAGGAGGUGGUGGAGGUGGCGGCAGAGGCGCAGGUGGCAGAGGUGGCGGCAGAGGCGCAGGUGGCAGAGGUGGAAGAGGAAGAGGAGGUGGGGGCCGAGGAGCAGAGCCCGGUGUUGGGGACCCAGGAGCGACUGAAUGGAGAUGGUGAUGCCAAGGCCCCAGGGCUUCAGGAGAAGGCCAUGCAGACCACCUGGGUUCCAGCCAUUCCUGGGGAUGACCUGGAGGAGGAGGAGGACGAGGAAGAGGAUGAUGAAGAAGAGGAGGAGGAAGCUGAGGAUGAUUUCCUAACAGCUGGGUCCCAGGGGCUGGUGACCUUUGAGGAUGUGGCCGUGUACUUCUCCCUGGAGGAGUGGGACAGGCUGGAUGCAGGCCAGCGGGACCUCUACAAGGACGUCAUGCAGGAGAACUACGGGAUCCUGGUGUCUCUGGGAUACCCAAUCCCCAAGCCAGACCUGAUCUUCCACCUGGAACAAGGGGAAGAACCAUGGGUCCCAGACAGCCCCCAUCCUGAAGAGGGAGACAUCGUCACUGGCGUCUACACAGGGGCCUGGUUCUGGACCGACGACAUGGAGGACCACGAGGAGGAAGACGAUGAGGACUUCCUGGCAGAGGUGGCCGAGGAGGAGAAUGAGCCCCCAGGGCUGUGGUCAGCGGCCUAUGGCGUGGGGGACGUGCCUGGGACGUGGGGCCCCGACGACUCGGACUCGGCGCAGACCCCGGAGGGGUGGGGGCCCGACCCAGGUGGCCUCGCGAUCCUGGCUGAUGGAUCCGAGGCGAAACCCUUCCGGGCCAGCCGGGAACCCAGCACGAACCUGCUGGCUCCCUGGGCGUUCCCGGCCACAGUUGCUGCCCCGGCUGGGCGGUCCGAGACUACCUGUGACGUGUGUGGCAAAGUGUUCCCGCAUCGCUCGCGGCUGGCCAAGCACCAGCGCUACCACGCCGCAGUCAAGCCCUUCGGCUGCGACGAGUGCGGCAAGGGCUUCGUCUACCGCUCGCACCUGGCCAUCCACCAACGCACGCACACCGGCGAGAAGCCUUUCCCGUGCCCGGACUGUGGCAAGCGGUUCGUCUACAAGUCACACCUGGUGACACACCGGCGCAUCCACACGGGCGAGCGGCCUUACCGCUGCGCCUUCUGCGGCGCGGGCUUCGGCCGCCGCUCCUACCUUGUCACGCACCAGCGCACACACACUGGCGAGCGGCCCUACCCCUGCCCGCACUGCGGCCGCAGCUUCAGCCAGAGCUCGGCCCUCGCGCGCCACCAGGCUGUGCACACUGCCGACCGGCCGCACUGCUGCCCUGACUGCGGCCAGGCCUUCCGCCUUCGCGCGGACUUCCAUGCGGAGCCCGGGCCUGGGGAGCGCGGCAGCGCCCUGCGGGAGUUUGCGGGUGGGACGAGCUUUGGCUCCGAACAGCCGGCCGCUUUCCCAGGACCCUCGGGCGCCUACGAGGAGACCACCCUAUGCCCACCAUACAGGGUGGAAGACGGAGACCCAGGCGCCUCGUACUGGUGGCGCCUCGGGAGUGUGACCCGAGCCCAUGCGCAGUAA